AUGAAGCCACAAUUUUGCUUCACAAUUCUUGUCUCGAUCUUGACAAGUCUCACUUUCUCUGCCCCAGCACCACAGCCAGACAUUCCCACCAGUCUUGCACCUCGCCGCAUCUCCAAUGCACUUUCAGUGCGUGAAGCCAGUGACGUCGCUGAACGCAAUCCCAUCCUCACAGCAGCUGCCAUUAUUGACUUUGCCUCGGACGUGGUAAACUUCAUCAUCGACCUGGUCGAAGAUCAGGCCGAGAAAGAGGGAGCAUUCACCCAACAAACCGUGCAAAACCUACUCGAUGCCUAUCCCACCAAGAACGUCAUCGUCUAUCAUGACCAAGACAGCUAUUACGACCUGACCGACGCAGUGCACGCGCACUACGAGUUGGAUCUGCUACUGGGCUUCACCAAAGGCUAUGAGAUCUGGGUCUUUGACACGGGAUAG